AUGAACGCAGAGAUAGCUGCAGGCAGACCAUCGACAAAGCCAUUGCGCAACGUGCAGUCACACGCUAGAGCAGCCGCGCAGUCGCAAGCCACGCCGCGCACCAAUCGCGGCGCACCCUCGAGUGGUUAUGACUCGGACGACAUUUACCCCGAGAAGGACUCGGACGAUGAGGACGACGAAGCGCAAUCUGACGGGGAAGAUCCAGUAGCGGCUUGGAAUGGAGCUGCCGAGUACAGCGGACCGGUCGACCAGCCUUCCUCCGCGACAACCGCGCGGACCAGCGCAAGCCGCCGCAGCAACGAAAAGCGAUCCGGCAAGGCGGGCUCUCUGACUGACGCGCGUGGCGGUACAACUUUGAGCCCACAGAAAGGAGCGAGGCCGGAAUGGUCGCUCAAGGAGUCGACCAUAUUGGCUGCAGCAAGAUGGUUCACCAAAGAGGAGCUGACGCAGAUGACGGGUAAGCAGGGGUCGCAGUACUGGCUGCGGCUCAUCGAGCACAUCAAGCUCCAACAUCCCGAUUGGAGUCGUAACGAAACUGCGUGCACCAACCAGUGGAAAAGGCUCAAAGCGUUAUGGAAGCAGAUCGACGUAGGCGACAAGGCUUCGGGCGGCGAAACGGUCAUCAAGCCGCCGUGGUGGGAAUGGAUGGUGCUCUACUACGCGGACACUGCGGCGGCUGAGCCUCAUGCGCUCGAGGGCGGUGGUGCUGACGAUGUUACCGUGGAUCCAGCGGUGAAGAUACCCACGCCAGCAAAGUCGGAUGCCACAGUGCGCGGCACCCCGCCGUGCGCUCGUCGCAGGAUUAACGACACUGCGACGAUGGCUGCCGCCCAACUCCUCGCCUCCACCCUUAAGGAGUGCUCCGACGCCGGUGUCGCACAAAUCACGGGGGUGAUCCGGGAAUGGAUGGCGACGCAGCAGUCGCAAACCAGUCGUGGCCAGCAUUAUUCCUCCGGCCGCGGCGUUGACAACGACGCCUGGCCGGACGACGUCGAUGGACGCGGCGGCUCCACGUUCACGGACAGGGUUGAAGAGUGGCGUCGCGGCGACACCGCUUAA